AUGGCUGAUUUUGAAAAAUUCCUCAGCUUAAUGAGAACGCUCGUUUAUGGUUCUUCCUCAAUACUAAUAAAUGAAACAGCGGUAUUGUUUGCGGUAAACGAGGUACCCAGUUUCAAGAAUUCGAAGAAUGUGUUUGUUGUCAUAAGAGAUAAAACCAAUGGAAAAAUAUGGGUCUUGAGAUCCACUCUGAACUUCGUAAGUGAUGAAGAAGUGGUCAGAGAAAGAGGUUUAUAUUUCCAGAGAAAAGGACCAAAAAAAGCAAGUGCAGAUUUAGCUAGAGUAGCCACUGCAAGAGAACAAGAUAUGGAGAUAUAUAAGAAAAGAAAGGGGCACGAGCAACUAGACGAGCAGCAGAGUUAA